AUCGAUCGAAUUUAUUGCACAGCACAGCUCUGCCCCCCUCAUACAUACCUUUUAUUUAAGUGUCCAUGCUUCCCUUCAGAUUUUUUUUCUCUCUUUCAGUUCCGAAUUCCUUGUUCGUUGGGGCUUCCUCUCUGUCUGUCUGUGAUCCCCUGCUUCUCUCAUAUACCUUGCCUUCCUCCUGGUUCUUGCAAACUCUGUCCUCUCGGCGUUUCUUUCGAUUCUGGAAGAGGAGUGAGGAGAAGAGAGUUAAUUUGCCGAGUUCAUCCAAACAAAAGAUGAUGAAUAAUUUAACGAGAGUGAUAUUUCGGAUUGAUUUAGCUGGAAAGCUACUUUUGCUCUGAAACUAGAAACGAAAGUACACGCGAGAAGUGAUUGGCUGGAAUUUGAUAGGAAAAUGGUAGAAGCCUCAAAACCAACACAAGAUAUGAUAGAAAUAACCGGACAUGUAGUACAUGAUGAUGUUUCUUAUGACAAGGAUGUUUUGGAGAUAAAAUUGCCAGAUACUGUUGUCACUUCUGAUUAUGGUGGCAACUUUGUCAAGGAUGUCUGCAUCGAUGAAGGAGUACUUCCUCAUCGGAAGAAACCAGAAGAAAAAAAGUUAGAUGAGAAGUCACCUCCAAAUUUUGAUUUCCUAAUGAUAGACGCAAAUUGUGAUCUAAGAUACGAGGGAAAAGGUGAUGGUAGAAAAUAUGCACAUGAAUUAAAACAGGAAACUGCUCUCCUACCUGUUGGGUUAGCUGCUGACGAUGACACGGAGAAACAAUGUGAUCUUGAAGGCAAGAAGAGUAAUGCAAGCUUUGCUAGUGAUAUCAGUGAGAAGAAGAUAAGUUUGCAAGAGUUACUUAAGCUUGAAAGCGCAGAAGAAUCGCAGGAAAGGCUUAAACUUCAAAGUGCAAAAGAAUCGAAGACCGAGCAUCAAAGCACAACCAUCGCUACGAUCGAUGAAAACCAUAUGCCCCCUGUUCAUGGAGAAGCUAUUGAACAGGUUUCCGUAAAUGACUCUCAUGAUGUUGCAACUGCAUCCGAUGAAUUUAUUGCUAGCGACGCAUCGAGUAAUGGUAACACCAAUGGUUCAUCAGCAACAAUAUCUGACAGACAUGAUGCAACUACAGAAUUAGAUAAACCCAUCUCCACUGUUGAGGUUACUCAGAGUUUAAGUGGCUCCAAAGAAUUUAACCAAGUUGGAACAGCAGAAGCCAGGCCUGAUCCUCUCACAUCAAGUAGUUCUUCAGAAGUCCAACCAUCUGAAAAGACUAACAAUCACUGCGAAAGCAUCACCAGCGAGCCGAUAGCCGAUGCACAGGAUGAAAAUGCAGUGGCCUCAUCCUCAUCACCUCAUGUUGCAGAGUCUAGUGAUGCAAACAGUCAGAACAACGAUAACAAUUCUGACAAUGAUGGCGCUACUGAUGCUUGUGAUUUCAACAAGAUAGAUGAAGAGAACUGCACAGACUCAACAAAUGAACGCAAAAUUAGCAAGAGUUCUACCGAUGCGCAAAAGGAGUCUGCGAAUGCAGGUGAACUAGAUGUGCCUGAUAAUAAUGCAAAGGGAAAAUGUCUGAUUGGAAAUGGGUAUCCUCUUGAGCAAUGUUCUUUUGGACCUAGCAUCAUGUGCAAUCCAGUAUCUACCUCUGGUUAUAUUGGCAACGUCUCCAUCCGAUCAGAUAGUAGCACCACAAGCACCCGGUCCUUCGCAUUUCCAGUGUUGCAGUGGGACUGGAGCAGCAGCCCGGUGAGGAUGGCGAAAGCCGAGCGGAGGCGAGCAAUGCGACACCGUGGCUGGAAGAAGGGCAAGAGCUUCCUCUGCUGGAAAUUCUGAGCUUGCUUGCGCUUCGCCCCCACACAUUCCUUCUUUCUCCUUCCCCCCCUCCUGAAGAAUCUGUAAUUCUGGUGUGAUGCUGAAAUUGGCCGAAAUCUAUUUGUAACCCUGUCAUUUGCCCACCGUAUAUGUAUAUCCUGCUUCUGUUUUUCGUUUGUUGGUACUGUAGCAGGUAAGAUGGUUUGUCGGAUUUGUCAAUGGCUUGUAAGUUGUAACUUGUACUGUGAGCGAGGAGAGAGGUGAAGAGCCGAAGAGGUGUAUAGAUAGUGUGUAGCCUAGCGGGUGAUGGAUCAUUGGAUUGAAUUGCUAUCUGUAAAAAAAAAAUUAGUUUAUGUUAACCUUUAUGGUUUGAUCUCGAGAAUGUUUUUUUUUCUUUCACACAGCUGAACUCUGAACUGACCUUGGUUUUUUGGCU